GCCAGCAUUAGUGAAAUCUAAUCCAUUUAGUUGUCUGAAUAAUUCUUGUGUGGAGCUUGUGUAAAGAGGAAAAUGGAAAAGGGUAAGACCAAAUCAUCUUCUUCUGCAAGUCGAUCUCGAAAAAUUGAAAGAAAAGUUGUUGAGAAAAACAGGAGAAAUCAGAUGAAGAUUUUCUACUCUAACCUUCUCUGCCUCCUCCCCGAUCAUGGCUCCAAGGAAGCAAUGCCAUUGCCCGAUCAGAUAGAUGAAGCCGUAGCGUACAUCGAAAGCUUGAAAACGAAGGUGGAAAAAAUGAAGGAGAAGAAGGAAUCCUUGAUGCCAAGAAAAAGAUCGCACUCUUGCAUUACAAGUGAAAUUCAAGCCAGUACAAAGUCUUCACAACCUUUAGUAGAAGUUCACGAUAUGGGACCAAAUAUGGAUGUCAUUUUAGUUAGUGGGCUUGAUGAUUUAGCAAAGUUUUACAGCAUACUUCACUUGCUUCGUGAAGAUGGUAUUGAAGUUCUGAAUUCAAAUUUUUCUAUUCAUGGAAAUUCCUCCUUCCAUAUUCUCCAUGACAAGGCUGGGAAAUCAAGAAUGGGAUUUGAAGCUACAACAAUGUCAAGAAGGCUGAAGGAUUUGAUUUGUGGAUCCACUUGCAGUGAAGUAGAAUCAAAUCUAGAUUUAUGGGAUUAUGGAAUGUUCCAACCUGAUAUUUGGGGGCUUGGAAUUUCAGAAGUUAUCGAUAUUGCUUCAGAAUAUAGUCAAUGGUUUUAAAAAUAUGUGACAUUUUUGUGGAGAACUUUACAGUCAUACCUAGAACUCAAUAGUAUAUUAAGAGGCAACUUCUAUCUUGCAAUUUGUGUGUAGUUUGAUUGUAAGACGAAUUAAAGCAUAUAUCUUAUUGAUAGUUUGCAAGUUCGACCCUAAAA